ACUGAAGAGAAGCUUCUACCGACAGUCGUCUGGGCCGCAGCGCGCUGUCGAGACGGCUCGGCAGCUAUGGCCAAGGACAUCUUGGGUGAGGCAGGGCUGCACUUCGACGAGCUGAACAAGCUUCGGGUGUUGGACCCAGAGGUUACCCAGCAGACCACAGAGCUCAAGGAAGAGUGCAAGGACUUUGUGGACAAAAUUGGCCAGUUUCAGAAAAUCGUUGGUGGUCUGAUUGAGCUUGUUGAUCAGCUUGCCAAAGAAGCAGAGAACGAGAAGAUGAAGGCCAUUGGUGCUCGAAACUUGCUGAAAUCCAUAGCGAAGCAGAGAGAAGCCCAGCAACAGCAACUGCAGGCACUGAUAGCAGAAAAGAAGAUGCAGCUAGAAAGGUAUCGGGUUGAAUAUGAAGCUUUGUGUAAAGUAGAAGCAGAACAAAAUGAAUUUAUUGACCAAUUUAUUUUUCAGAAAUGAACUGAAAAUUUCAGUUUUAUA